CCGGGUUCAGAGGGGUCGUAAAUCAAGAAUUUACCUUCUCCGCCUUUCUGAGAAACGACAUCGUUUGACUGGCGACUAAGAUACCAACAUGGCAAAAUGAUGAAGUAGAAAAAGAGAGAGAAACUCGUCAUUGAAACGACGUUGACACGAACCCUUCUUCUACGGGGGACCGAAAAUUCGGAUUGAAAUCACGAUCUCAGCCAACCCGAUAAUCUAGUCAUUCUUUCGGUUUGGCUUCUUCUUCGCUCAUAAUUUCUACAGUACUCCAGUAAUUUUACCAGUUUUUCAACUUCACUGUUAGUCAAGAAGAAUACAAGAUUCCACUGCUUGAAUUUGUCAACGAAUUGAUGGAUUUGAGCAGACUGAACUGAACCGGGUUUUAAAUUGAAGAGAGAUGGAAGCUGUGGCGGAGGGACUGUGGGGAUUGGCGGACCACCACGAGGACCAAGGAGAAAUUGCCAAGGCCAUCAAGUGUUUGGAAGCCGUAUGUCAAAGUCAGGUCCCUUUUCUGCCGAUUAUCGAAGUUAAGACUCGCCUUCGCGUCGCCGUUCUCCUGCUGAAGCACUCCCACAAUGUCAACCACGCCAAAGCCCAUCUCGAACGCGCUCAAGUGCUUCUGAACAAGAUGCCAUCAUGCUUUGAGCUCAAAUGUAGAGCAUAUAGCCUAUUGAGCCAGUGCUACCAUCUUGUUGGAGCCGUUCCUUCACAAAAACAUAUACUCGGCAAGGCGUUAGAACUCACUGCAACAUCUGGAGAUGGGUUUACUGGGAGGUUAUGGUUUUGCAACUUUAAUUCUCAGAAAGCAAAUGCUCUAAUAGUUGAGGGAAAUUACCAAGAGUCAAUUACUGCUUUGGAGCAUGGGUUCAUUUGUGCGACAAAAAUGUGUUACCAGGAGUUACAGAUGUAUUUUGCUGCUUCAAUCUUGCACGUGCAUCUCAUGCAAUGGAUUGAUGUAAAUUUGGUGGAGGGAGCGGUCAACAGAUGCAAGCUAAUAUGGGAAUCAUUUUCACCUGACAAGGUAGGAAGUUGGAUUCUUUGGAUACCAGUGCAUCAUCUUUUCCUCUUAUAUUCACCAAGCAAUUUCAAAUAUCUUCCUUAUAUUCCUGUCAAAGUCCAAUAUUUGUCAAAUUUGUAGUUUCCAGGAGUAUUUCUCUUUAGGUCGUCUGAUCCUAAUCUGUGCUAAGACAUGCCAAGGCAUUUACAUUGGAGCAAAUGAUUGUUUCUUAGCAUAUGACCAGAUUUGAUAGACUUCUGUUUUUUCUAUCGUCAGAUAUAAUUUUUCAUUUUUACAAUGUCCAAGACUUCAUUAACUAAAUAUGUUUGUCUCUUCUUCAAAUGAGUUGAUGAAGUAGAUGAAGUUUGUGGCUGUAGAAAUCCUUUUGAAGUUGAAACAGUAGUUCAUUACCGAUGGGUCUCGAGAGAUUUGGAAGAAGUUGGAUAUGAUAAUUACAUUUUAUGUGUAAAGCAGUUGGAUUACAAAGAGGUGGUGUCGUUAGAAUGCUUUUUUCAUUGGUAUUCACCAAUUUAUGAUUGGAAGAAUCUUGUUUGCUUGAAAUAAGUUAAGGUGAAGAAGCUUUUGGAAGAUUGUCCCUAACACCGAGGGAAGAUGGGAUAUGUGCCUUUCCAUGGUAUGAAAAGUUUUAAGAGAAUGAUUGAUAUCCCGUCGCAAAUAUGAUUUGUAAUGUUUACGUUGCAAAGUCAGGUUUUCCAAAAUAAUUAUGGUCCUGGUUGUCACUAUGUUUAUAUUGCUACACCAGGUACACUACUAAUAUAACAGUAUGUGUGCAUCCAUACAUUAAAUUUGCCUAAUGUGCAUUUGAUAGUUUUAUCUUGUAACUGAGAUAAAGAUCUCCUGCUGAAACUCUUAACUCUUUUAUCAAACAGGCACAUCACUGUCUUGGUUUAUUCUUUUAUCACGAGCUGCUUCACAUAGUCUAUCUACUCCGGAUCUGUGACUACAAAAGUGCUGCCGAAGUUGUGGAGAAGUUGGAUGCUGCGAUGAAGUCUGACUUGGAGAGAACCCAACGUGUUCAGGAACUCAACAAGGAAAUUGAUGCGAUAAAUCUUAGUCUUGCUCUGCCUGAUUUGAGCUACAGGGAUAGGUCUAUACUUUCUGAAAAACUAGAACACUUGAAUGGACAGCUUACUAGUUCUGCAGGAUUAAAUUCUGCUGCCAAAGACUCUCUAGAGCCAGCUUAUUUUGGAAAUGUUAAACGCGCAAUUGUGGGUAAGCUUGAGUUGGCUCCUCCACCAAUUGAUGGGGAAUGGCUCCCAAAGGGUGCUAUUUAUGCAUUGGUAGAUCUGACUGUUGUGGUUUUCAGUCGUCCGAAAGGACUCUUCAAAGAGUGUGGGAAGAGGAUUCAAUCAGGAAUGAAAACAGUCCAAGAUGAACUAAUAAAUCUGGGUAUUUUCGAUGAAGUCACUGAAGUAAAUCUUCAACCCUCUGCUAUUUGGAUGGCUGGUGUCUACUUGAUGCUUUUAAUGCAGUUUCUUGAAAAUAAAGUAGCAGUGGAUCUUACACGUUCAGAAUUUGUGGAAGCACAAGCAGCUUUGGUUCAGAUGAGAAAUUGGUACUUCCGUUUCCCGACUAUUUUACAGGCUUGUCAAAGUACUAUCGAGAUGCUUAGGGGGCAGUAUGCACAUUCAGUUGGAUGCUACAAUGAAGCUUCUUUCCAUUUUCUUGAAGCUUCAACAAUGACAGUGAACAGAUCAGUGAGCACUAUGUGUCAAGUGUAUGCAGCAGUGUCCUAUAUUUGUAUGGGGGAUGCUGAAUCAUCUUCCAAUGCCCUUAAUUUGAUUGGCCCUAUAUACAGGGAUAUGGAUUCCUUCGUUGGAGUACGAGAGAAAACUAGUGUCCUGUUUGCUUAUGGACUUCUUUUGACAGGGCAGAAUAAUCUGCAAGAAGCAAGAAAUCGACUAGCAUCUGGUUUGCAGACGACAUACAAAUAUAUAGGGAGUCUCCAACUCGUGUCUCA